AUGUCUCCACGCCAACAACAAGGCCGAUCCAAGAGCCGACCGGCAACGGAAUCGUUCCGAUGCCGAGUAUGCCGAGGAGUCCACGCGCUGCGAAAGUGCCAGCGGUUCAUGCGGCUGUCUCCAGAGAAGAGACUCCGAGCAGUUCUGGUCAACAAAUACUGCCCAAACUGCCUGGCUCACCAACAUUCCGGGGAGUCAUGUCGCCGCAAGGACAAGUGCCGCAAGUGCCAGGGCGACCAUCACACCUUGCUUCAUUUGCAAGAAGCGCGUCGCAUGCCAUCGCGAUCUCCAGAGCGAUCCCAAACAAGGCGCAGCACCAAGGCCCAAGCGCGACGCUCCGCGCCGCCUUCAUCCGCUGGUUCCAUCUCCUUGUCGACAUUAAUGGAACACAAAAGGACAACCGUGCUCCCGAGAGCACUCAUCCGACUUGGAAACGGCAAGGCGACCCGCGACACUCGGGCACUUUUAGACCCGUGCUGUCCGGUAAGUCUUAUCGACGCAUCCUUGGCAAAGGCCUCCGGGCUAUCCGUCACCCGCGUCGGUAAAGACAACGCUUGCUCGGCCAUUAUAAGUUCCAGGACCUCUAGCUUCCAGCGAGAGGUCAUCCUGCAAGUGAUGCCAAAUCUCCGGUAUCAAACUCCAACGAAGCUCGUCAGCGAGAAACUAAACGAGCCCUUCAACAACGUUCGAUUGGCAGACGAUCGCUGGUUCCAGCCGGAAAUCUCCAAUCUGGUUUUGGGCUCGGAUAUCUAUCCAGAUUUAAUUCUCCAAGGCGGGCGGCAUGUUCACACAAGAAGUGUAUCCGACAGUCGCCAUCCAACCGCCAUGUAACUCCGGAACCAGUACAUGGAACAUGUACUGAAAUUUCACCUCACUUACACUAAUACAUUGUAAUGCACUCUGAAAAUAUAGAACAG